UCGCAGAAGUCCCCAUCCUGCCCUUCUCCUCCAGUCUUCCUCUGUCUUCACGCAGCCCGCGGACUCCGGCAAGGGUAAAACCGUAAGAACCAGCUGCACUUCCACAUCGAACCCAUCGCCGGCGCGGCUCCUCACUACGCCGCGAUGGCGCCCUAGGGUUAACCGCUCCGAUUUCCCCGCCCGCCGCAAUGCAGGGCUCGUUCGCGGCGAGGCCGUCACCUCCCUUGGUUCGCGUGCGCCCCGCGAGCCUGAGCUGCGUUCCUCCGCCCAGGUCGGCGGUGGUGGUGCGGUGCCAGGUGGACGGGGAAGCGGCGGGGAAGUCGGUGGGUUGGGCGCCUCCGGGGCCGUACACGGGGCGGGACCCGGACGUGAAGAAGCCGGCGUGGCUGCGGCAGCGGGCGCCGCAGGGGGAGAAGUACGCGAGGCUGAGGGAGUCGCUCGGCGAGCUCAAGCUCAACACCGUCUGCGUCGAGGCCCAGUGCCCCAACAUCGGAGAGUGUUGGAAUGGAGGUGGCGGUGCCGGCGGGGAAGGGGAUGGCAUCGCGACCGCGACAAUCAUGCUCCUCGGUGAUACCUGUACCCGGGGUUGUCGAUUCUGCGCUGUGAAAACUAGCAACAAGCCUCCACCGCCGGACGCCCUGGAGCCUCUGAAGACAGCCAUGGCUGUGGCUAGUUGGGGAGUAGACUAUGUUGUGCUGACAAGUGUUGAUAGAGAUGACCUUCCUGAUGGUGGAAGUGGCCAUUUUGCUCAAACAGUCAGUGCUCUCAAGGAGUUGAAACCUGGGAUAUUGGUGGAGUGCCUGACUUCAGAUUUUCGGGGUGACAUGGAGGCUGUCUCAUCUUUAGCAAACUCUGGUCUAGAUGUAUAUGCGCACAACAUUGAAACGGUGAAGAGUCUGCAGAGAAUAGUUAGAGAUCCCCGAGCAGGAUAUGAUCAGAGUUUAGCUGUUCUGAAACAUGCUAAGACUAGCAAAGUGGGCAUGGUAACAAAGUCCUCUAUCAUGCUUGGUCUAGGAGAGACAGAUGAGGAGGUGAAGCAAACCAUGGCGGACUUGAGGGCUGUUGAUGUUGAUAUUCUGACCCUGGGACAAUAUUUACAGCCAACAGAAAGACACUUGACAGUUAGAGAGUACGUGACUCCUGAGAAGUUUGAUUUCUGGAAGGAGUACGGAGAAACUUUAGGUUUUCUCUAUGUGGCUAGUGGACCUCUGGUUCGGUCAUCAUAUCGUGCAGGAGAGCUCUUUGUCCAGAAUUUAGUCAGACGUAAAAAGGAAAAGCUUGCAUCUAUUGCAGCUUAGCCAGCUACCUUCAGGCUGCUUCUGUUCUUCGAUCAUAUUCCCAUACUCAAGAUUGUACUAUAGUAUGGUCUGCAGAAAGGCCGGUGAUGCAAUAACCCUUCAAUUAUCUAAGUUAUAUGACGUUGGCAUUUGGCAGGAUAGACUCGUCACACUGAUCUUCCUGCAACUCCUUGUGUUACUCCGGCUGCUUAAGGCUGAGAUUGCCAAAAUUUUGAUUUGUAUCAUUUGCUUAGGCAGAUGUGUAUGAAACUGUUACCAGAUGAUGAGAAUCAAUUAGUGUUUUCUUGGCCUAAAAGGAGUAUCAUUUUUCUUAUUUUCUGCAUUUCUCCGACUGUACUGUUUUAUCCAAAAAUAAAAUGAAAUGGACGGUGCUUCA